UCCAUGCUUGCUGCUUCCCGCUUCCCCUUCUUUGUGCUGAGCUGACGUGUGACGAGCUCUACCUUCGGUGGCCUCUGUUCUGCCCCAGGAGGACAGCCUGGAGGAAGAGGGAAUGGCUCCUGCCCUGACAGCCAGUCCCGGGAAGGAAUCAGUGACAUUCAAGGACGUGGCUGUGGAAUUCACCCAGGAAGAAUGGGUACAAUUGAACCCAUCCCAGAAAAAAUUGUACAGGGAUGUGAUGCUGGAGAACUAUAGGAACUUGGUCUCUUUGGGACUUGAAGUUUCCAAACCAAAUGUGAUUUACCAGUUGGAAAGAAAGGAAGCAUCUUGGAUGCCAGAGGCGGAUAUUGCAAGAAGCAGCUGUCCAG